CGUGUUAGUCCUUCCUCGAUACAGCGUGAGCACAUGAAAAGUGAACUAAUUGGUUGUUUAUACUUUUAUUUAGUCAACUAAAGCGACACAAUAUAAUCUCAAAACAAGAGGAGUGGAGUACACAUGUUUUCUAUGUCAUCUUGGUAGCUUGCUUGGAUGUUUACUUCUGUUCUGUAGGACCAGUUGAUUCAAGUGCUACAAAGUCAGGUUAACGUUACAUUUUUUUCUCAGUCAAUUAACAGUAGGUAGAGAGAGUCUGACAGUUCUAACAUGGGGCGAAAGAAGCAGGGUAAAUUUGAGCGCCCAGUGAACAAGGGGAAAGAUAAACGACACAAGAUGAAGGGGAAAUCUCUUGAGUGUUUCACAGAAGAGAUGCAUGAUGCAUUGCAAGCCAGCCUGCAGCCUGAUGAUGCAGGGGAGGCUGCCCAGGUGAAGUUGCCCUGCCCCUUGGCCAUGUGGGAGCUGGGCCACUGCGACCCAAAGCGCUGCACAGGAAGAAAGCUGGUCCGCAAAGGCUUUGUUCACAACCUACGCCUCAACCAGAGGUUCCAUGGACUCAUUCUGAGCCCCAUGGGCACCAAAUACGUCUCACCAGCAGACAGGGACAUUGUGGCUAAGAAUGGACUUGCUGUCAUUGACUGCUCUUGGGCUAAACUUGAGGAGACGCCCUUCAAUAAGAUGAUAGGUAGUCAUCCUCGGUUGCUACCGUACUUGGUUGCUGCCAACCCAGUGAACUAUGGGAAGCCCUGCAAGCUGUCUUGUGUGGAGGCUUUUGCUGCCACCUUCUGCAUUGUGGGUAAGACUUGAGCUAUUCUGCAGUUAAU